AUGGUAAAGAUAACUGAGUUAACACCUGAGCAAAAGAUAAAUUAUCAGAAUAAAAAGUUAGUGUUGGGAUUUGAUGAAAAGAGCGGGUUUGAUAUUUUUGUAAUGUUUUUAAUUACAACUUUAAAUAUCAUUCUUGUUUGUUUCUCUUUGGUAUCUUUAGAGUUUUAUAAAAAACCUUGCUUAGUUACUGGAAUUACGUUUAUUUCAUUCGAUCUAUUCUUUAUUCUUUAUUUAAUCUUCUAUAGAUUGAAUUAUAAGUUACCAGCAACUAUGUUUGUAUAUGAUUUAAAAGGAUUCUUUGAUUUUUCAUUCCUUUAUACAUUCUAUCUUGUAUUGUUUUAUAAUUUGAAAAAAUCUAAUUUGAAUGAUCCUGAUUUAUCUUUUAUUUCUUCUUUAGAUUGUCAUAAAAUUUUAAUACUUUGUUCCUUUUUACUUUGUUAUUUAGUAAUUUAUUUUAUCUUGCAUGUUCAAUUAACCGCAUUCGUUAACAAAUGUAACUACAAGAAAAACUUUUAUGAGAAUUUAAAAGAUUCUAUUGUUUAA